UUUUGCAAAAUCAACAAAAAAGUGUGUAAAAAACGCACAUUUUUGUUUAUUUUUAAAUAUGUUAUGGUCCUUGGAACAGGUGGAGGGCAUGCUAACUGUCCUCAAAACCUCUACGGACAAAACUGUUGUAUAUAAAUGCCUGGUAAAGCUGCGCACAGAUGUGGUCAAAGAUAAAGAUGGAAUUGUGUUGUUUCGAACUGCUGGGGGUGUUCCGGUAAUGGUUCGCCUUAUUAGCAAAUUGAAUGAAAAGAUAAUGGAAGUGGUUUUGAGCAUAUUAGGCAAUUGCUGCACAGAUGAUCAGGCUUGCAUAGAGGCUGUGGAGUGUAAGGUCAUUACCCCAUUGAUAACCAUAUUGAAGACGAUUCCUAAUCCGUUGAUACAAUGUCGAGCCUGUCGUAUGCUUGGCAAUCUGGCCAAAAGCAAGAAGGCCUCUUCAUUUUUGAAUGUACACUAUAGCGCCAUAGCGCCGGCUAUUUGCCAUAUCGUCGAAUCCACGAGCGCCGUUCAAACAAGAAUAAUGGCCUUUCGUGUCUGUCGAUUUUUGCUGGUCAGCAGUCAGUUCUAUAAACACUUUUUAGCCUCCAAUGGCUUUCUGCAGCUGAUGCGCAUAUUUGUGGCAGUGAUGAAGAAUAACGAAGCGCCCAAGGUAUCUGAGCAGGAUGCGGCCGACGUCUCAGCAUUAGUUGGCCUUAAGCGUAAUCAGCACCGGGAAAAGUAUUUCGAGGAGGUGGCACGCAAUCUGGAAGGCGUACGUAGCGACAUUUUCGACUAUCAAAUGCUGAAGAACUCGACGCGCAACUGCGAGUACAUUUUGCCUAAGGAGAACGAUGCCAUUGAGUUGGCCUAUGAGAUCCUGAAGUGCCUCAUGCUGCUUUCUGCUCAGCAAAUUGGCAUGAGAGCCUGGGAGCUACUAUCACGCAAUACUUCGCUGGCACCCAUUGUAUAUUUCGUGAAGGAGGACAGCGAACAACGAGCUUCGGCACUUAAGAUACUAUCCAAUUUUUGCAAGGAUCCCUGCGCAUUUUACAUGCUCAGCACUGCCGACUCAAUUGUGGCUGCCUGCGAGCUACUCAUGGCUGUCAAUAUGACCAAGCCGCUGUCGGAGAGCGAGUGCCGACAUUGUGUGAACAUUAUAUCUACGCUGUCGGCUGACGCCUGCAGCCGUUCCAAAAUACGACGAUGUGGUGCACUGCGCAAGCUGGUGGCCAUGAUACGGGAGUCGCAUUCACAGAGCGAGCGCUCAUCUCUUUUUCACAUUCUGAACAACUUUCAAUACGACAAUCUGAGCAUGGAACUGUUGCUGUACGAGGGUCUGGUGCCGAUGCUAGUUCGUGAACUCAAUGAUUAUUUGACCAGCGAUGAGGAACAUCACAGACGACGCCGCGAGGAGCGUAUGCAGGGCGGCAAAAAGCGUAAAUUAACUGAUUCAACAACGCCAGAAACUCUGAGCAAGUUCUCGAAAACCCAGGAGCCACUCAACUCGGACUUUGACUCGCCCAGCAGCUCGCCGCGCUCGUAUCGCACCACCAGUCCUUGCAGUUCACGCAGCAUGUCGCCCGUUUGCUCGAAUCUCUUUGCCAAUGAUGACGACGAGAACUAUUCACCCGCUUGCAGUGACGAUGAUGACGACGAGGAUGAUGGCAAGCCAAGCAGUGCCAACCCGGAUACACGUGAAUCUCGUAUAGCUUCGAAUCGUGCACAGCCCGCCAAUGUAAUGGACAUACUUAAGCUAAUAGACGAGGGCAGCGAAACAAUUGAUGACACCUUGUCCGAUAAGGAGGAUAUGGAAGAGCUUAGCUCUGACGUGCCGCCCAAGCUGGCACAGCUGCGCAGUCAAGCGGGCGACACUAUAGAUGUCAUCGAGAACUUAAUUUACCGCAUUACGCUGAUGAUUAAUAAGCGACCGGAGCUGGGCAAACCGGAAACACUGGACACACUAAUACGAGCUAUCAAUCUCUUUGGUGCCAACAAUAAUUUUGCCAAUGCAUUGACCAAUAUAUUGCUCGAAAGCCAGUUCUUUGCCCAAAUCAUCAAGCAUGGCGUUGUGCAUCAACUUUAUCAACUCACCAAAGUGGAUGAGAUGCGAAAGGAUGGGUUUGCUUUUCUGGAGACACUUACGAAUGUGGGCGAGUCCAACUAUGGCAAGGAAGAGCUGGUGCGAUUACUGCGUUGCGAGACGGACUUGAAUGCGCAGCAACGUGCGGCCAUUUCCGUGGCAUACAUCAUCAAAAGCCAUCGGCUGCUUUAUCAGUUCUUAUAUGAUGGCAACGCUCUCACGCUGCUGUUCGACUUGCUGCUGCGCAAGAAGAGCGACAAUUUGUAUGCAGAUGAAGCUGCGGAUGCUGUGUCGGCCAUGUCGCGUUUUACGCUGGGCAUUAUACUGCCCGAUUCAGAGCAGCCAGACAGCAAUGCUGGCAUCUGUUUGAGCCAGCUGAACGCGGCAAAUAUCCCACUGCAUGAGCAUUGUGAUAUGCGAUUUUUGCUGCCGAACGAAGAUGUCGAUGGCAAGGAUUCGACUAGCCGAGGGACACUCAGCAUUGGCUUUAACAAGCAGCUACUCUGUGAUACCAGCGAGGUGUUUAACAAGAUGCUCAAUAGCGACUUUCGCGAGGGCCACGACGGCGAGAUUCAGCUGCGCGACUAUACGGCAAACGGAUUGCGCUAUUUCCUCCACUUAAUUGGCUGCCAGGCCAGACACCUGACAAUGCCAGACUAUGGUGCCCUGUUGCAGGCCUUUGAGAUGUCGCGCGUGUACAUAAUACCAGAGCUGGAGACGCUGCUGCACGAGCGUCUAAUACAAUUUCUCGACUCGCACAAUUGUUUGAGAUUGCUAGAGUGGGCCUUGAAGAACUACCAUGCGGAGCUCACCGAGACAGCUAUUAGCUAUUAUUUGUGCGCCGCGCUGCCGGCACAGGACAAACUGCAGCUGUUUCGAGCUGCCGAGGACUCGGUUUAUGCCAGCGAAUGGUUCCAGCUGCUCAACGAUGCAGUUUACGAGCGAUGUCGCAGCACAGGCUAUUAGCUAC